AAGAAGCCCUUUUGAUUUUCGUCUGAACGGGGUGCAGCUGUGCCGAGGUGUUCGAUGAAACGUUGCCUUGUCAAGUUACCUUAUGCCCGUUCAUCUUAAAAAAAAAAAAGGGGGGGAUAUUUUAUGAUAGUUUGUUAGCUAAUUAAUUGUGUUUUGUCAGUAGAGCAAUAGCUGUCAACUGAAGGAAUCCAUUUCUGUCCCCCCUGUCAUUAUCAGACACCGUUUUCUGCCCGUCUCCCCGCCUUAAAGCCAGCUAUUCUGGUCGAAUCGAGCCUAAAAGCGAUUCAUCUUCUGAGGAGACCCGACUGACUGCGCCGAAAUGGGGUAUGGACGGUCGGACAGCUACCGCGUGGCCACCACGCAGGACAAGGAUGAGAAGGAGUCGCCCAAGAAGAAGGGAGGCAAGGAUCUGGAUGACCUCAAGAAAGAAGUUCCCAUUACGGAACACAAAAUGUCUGUUGAGGAAGUUUGCCGGAAAUACAACACUGAUAUUGUCCAGGGUCUGACCAAUGCCAAGGCAGCAGAGUACCUGGCCAGGGACGGCCUCAACGCCCUGACUCCACCCCCUACAACCCCAGAGUGGGUCAAGUUCUGUCGCCAGCUGUUCGGUGGCUUCUCCAUCCUGCUGUGGAUCGGUGCCAUCCUCUGCUUUCUGGCCUAUGCCAUCCAGGCAGCUACAGAGGACGAGCCUGCUGGGGAUAAUUUGUAUUUGGGCAUCGUGCUGUCAGCUGUUGUCAUCAUCACCGGCUGCUUCUCCUACUUCCAAGAAGCUAAGAGCUCCAAGAUCAUGGAGUCCUUUAAGAACAUGGUCCCUCAGCAAGCCCUGGUUAUCCGUGAGGGAGAGAAGAUGCAGAUCAAUGCCGAGCAGGUGGUGGCAGGAGACCUGGUGGAGGUGAAAGGAGGAGACAGGAUCCCCGCUGACCUCCGCAUCAUCUCCUCACACGGCUGCAAGGUGGACAACUCAUCCCUGACUGGUGAAUCAGAGCCCCAGACCAGGUCACCUGACUGUACUCAUGACAACCCCCUGGAAACCCGCAACAUUGCCUUCUUCUCCACCAACUGUGUCGAGGGAACAGCUCGUGGUAUCGUUGUCUGUACCGGCGAUCGUACAGUGAUGGGCCGCAUCGCCACCCUCACCUCAGGCCUGGAGACUGGCAAGACACCCAUUGCCAAGGAGAUCGAGCACUUCAUCCACAUCAUCACAGGCGUGGCCGUCUUCCUCGGCGUGACCUUCUUCGUCCUGUCACUCAUCCUGGGUUACAGCUGGCUGGAGGCCGUCAUCUUCCUCAUCGGUAUCAUUGUGGCUAAUGUGCCCGAGGGUCUGCUGGCCACAGUCACUGUGUGUCUGACACUGACUGCUAAACGAAUGGCGCGCAAGAACUGCCUGGUAAAGAACUUAGAGGCUGUGGAAACUCUAGGCUCCACCUCCACCAUCUGCUCUGACAAGACGGGCACCCUGACCCAGAACAGGAUGACGGUAGCCCACAUGUGGUUCGACAACCAGAUUCACGAGGCCGACACCACCGAGGACCAGUCUGGCUCUUCCUUCGACAAGAGCUCCACAACAUGGGUCUCUUUGGCCCGCAUCGCUGCCCUGUGCAACCGUGCCGUUUUCAAGGCCGGCCAGGAAUCUUUGCCCAUCCUAAAGCGUGAGGUGGCUGGAGAUGCUUCAGAGUCAGCCCUGCUGAAAUGUAUUGAGCUGUCAUGCGGCUCCGUCAAGACCAUGAGGGACAAGAACAAGAAGGUGGCCGAGAUCCCCUUCAACUCCACUAACAAGUAUCAGCUCUCAAUUCACGAAGCUGAGGAAGAAAACGACAACCACUACCUGCUGGUGAUGAAAGGGGCCCCAGAAAGGAUCCUUGACCGCUGCUCCACCAUCAUGGUGCAGGGCAAGGAGCAGCCCAUGGACGAUGAGAUGAAGGAGGCUUUCCAGAACGCCUAUCUGGAACUGGGAGGGCUGGGAGAGAGAGUACUGGGCUUCUGCCACCUGUUCAUGCCAGAGGACAAGUACCCCAAAGGCUUCGCCUUUGACACAGAUGAUGUCAACUUCCAGACAGACAACCUUUGCUUCGUUGGCCUGAUGUCCAUGAUUGACCCUCCCCGUGCUGCCGUGCCUGACGCUGUAGGCAAAUGCCGCUCCGCUGGCAUCAAGGUCAUCAUGGUGACUGGCGACCACCCAAUCACAGCCAAGGCCAUUGCUAAGGGUGUUGGCAUCAUCUCCGAGGGCAACGAGACAGUGGAAGAUAUUGCUGCACGCCUCAACAUCCCCGUCAGCCAGGUCAACCCCAGGGAUGCCAAGGCCUGUGUGAUCCACGGCACAGAUCUGAAAGAUCUCUCUCAGGAGCAGAUGGACGAUAUCUUGAGGAACCACACAGAGAUCGUCUUUGCCAGGACCUCCCCACAGCAGAAACUCAUCAUUGUAGAAGGCUGCCAGAGACAGGGUGCCAUUGUGGCUGUGACAGGUGAUGGUGUGAAUGACUCUCCAGCCCUGAAGAAGGCUGACAUUGGUGUUGCCAUGGGAAUCUCUGGUUCAGAUGUCUCCAAACAAGCUGCCGACAUGAUCCUGCUGGACGACAACUUUGCCUCCAUCGUCACAGGAGUAGAAGAAGGCCGUCUCAUCUUCGACAACCUGAAGAAGUCCAUCGCCUACACCCUGACCAGCAACAUCCCAGAGAUCACCCCCUUCCUGUUCUUCAUCUUGGUCAACAUCCCACUGCCUCUGGGCACAAUCACCAUCCUCUGCAUCGACCUGGGAACUGACAUGGUACCAGCCAUCUCUCUUGCCUAUGAAGCAGCAGAGAGCGACAUUAUGAAGCGCCAGCCCAGGAACCCACUGAGGGACAAACUGGUCAAUGAGAGACUCAUCAGCAUCGCCUAUGGACAGAUUGGUAUGAUCCAGGCUCUUGGUGGUUUCUUUGCCUAUUUUGUCAUCAUGGCUGAAAAUGGUUUUCUGCCAUCUGUGCUUGUCGGCAUCCGGCUCAACUGGGACGAUCGCUCCACCAACGACCUGGAGGACAGCUACGGACAGCAAUGGACCUAUGAGCAGCGUAAGAUUGUGGAGUUCACUUGCCACACAGCCUUCUUUGUCAGUAUUGUGGUGGUGCAGUGGGCAGAUGUCAUCAUCUGCAAGACCAGACGUAACUCUGUGUUCCAGCAGGGCAUGAAGAAUAAGAUUUUGAUCUUUGGCCUGUUUGAGGAAACAGCUCUGGCUGCCUUCCUGUCCUACUGCCCUGGCAUGGACGUGGCACUACGGAUGUACCCACUCAAGCCCAGUUGGUGGUUCUGUGCGUUCCCGUACAGUUUCCUCAUCUUUGUUUACGAUGAGAUCCGAAAACUCAUCCUUCGCCGAAACCCGGGAGGCUGGGUGGAAAAAGAGACAUACUAUUAAAUUAUCAAAGCAUCAUUUACUUUUCACCCCAUCCCCCCUGAACUCAUCUCUCCUUCUCUAUCUCCCUCUCUGUCUCUUUUCUCCUUCCCUCCAUCCAUCCAUCCCUCCUUUCCUCUCA